AUGUGGACCACCCUCAGUCUGCAGGACCUCACCGAGGCCUCCUCUCCUCCUACGUCUUGCACCACAUCCCGCUCAGAGGCUGCAGGACACACCCCUGGGGCAGGUAUAAAGCCGUGGUGUUUAAAAGGCGGGAGGGAGCAGAGCGAGAGAGAGAGAGCAGAGUCUGUGAGGAACAAGAGAGCAGAGUCUGUGAGGAACGAGAGAGCAGAGUCUGUGAGGAACGAGAGAGCAGAGUCUGUGAGGAACGAGAGAGCAGAGUCUGUGAGGAACGAGAGAGCAGAGUCUGUGAGGAACGAGAGAGCAGAGUCUGUGAGGAACAUGCAGUCUCGGCUGGAGAGGGCCAAGGACAUGAGGGAGGAGGAGAAGCUGCACCGCUACAAGGGCGUGCUCUACCCCUGCCUCAUGUGCCCCGAGGAGAACCUGCAGGCCCUGGGCAGCAUCCAGGCCCGGGCCCAGGACGUCAUGCUGGUGGCCUACCCCAAAUGUGGCUUUAACUGGAUGGUGGGAGUCCUGCGUCAGAUCAUCGCGGAGUCCUUAGGAGUGAAGACCGAGUCCAGGAUGCCGCCGCUCAUCGAGUUCUUUGGUCCAGACACGAUGAAGACGAUAGAAAACGCUCCUUCUCCGAGAAUCCUGGGAACCCACCUCCAUCCGGACAACAUCCCAGAGACCUUCUAUCACAACAAGACCAAGAUUCUGGUGAUCUUCAGAAAUCCCAAAGACACACCCGUCUCCUACUACCACUUCUGCAACAACAACCCAGUGCUGCCCUCCGCCCAGUCCUGGGACUCCUUCUUCGACAGCUUCAUGACCGGAGAAGUUCCAUGGGGCUCUUACUUCGAUCACGCUUUGGGCUGGGAGAAGAAGAUGGACGACCCCAACGUGAUGAUCGUCACCUACGAGGACCUGAAAGAGAACCUGAGCCAAGGCGUGCGGCAGAUCUCGUCCUUCUUCGGCUUCUCUCUGAGCGAGGCCCGGGUGGAGCAGAUCUCACAGGGCAGCACUUUCAACGCCAUGAAGGAGAAGUCGCACAACUCUCACGGAAACAUGGGCAACGUCAUCUUCAGGAAAGGUGAGGUUGGAGACUGGAAGAACCACUUCUCCCCGGAGCAGAGCCAGCAGAUGGACGAGGCCUUCAAGCAGCACCUGGAGGGAACUCGCAUCGGAGCUCUGCUAAAGUACCAGCAGCACUGCCAGUAG